UUACUUUGAAGGUGGGCUCCGGAGCUUGCAUGUUCGUGCUGCAGGCUUGAUGCUGAUGGAUCUGUGAUGACAGGAGCUGCUGGGAGCCGAGGAGGCAGCAGGUUCCGCCCUUCACAUUAAAAACAAAAACACCAGCUGGACAAAGAGACGGAACCACGCCGCAGACUGGACUUAGCAGGUCAGUUGUUGUGAGAGAAGGAAUCUCAGCGUUGGAGCCAUGUUGUCGGCGGAGGAGAUUCUGUGCAGCACGCAGCAGGUGAUCGCAGGGCUCGAGGCACUGAGAGGAGAGAACCGCGGUCUGCUGGAGAGCCUUCAGGAGCCGCUGGAGAGUCAGCCGGCGUCGGAGAGCGGCAGCGUGGAGCAGGAGAAGAGCGGCAUCAUCCGCCAAUCACUGGAGAGGAUCGAGCUGGGGCUGAGCGAGGCACAGGUGAUGAUGGCAUUGUCUGCACACCUGGGUUCACUGGAGGCGGAGAAACAGAAGCUGCGUGCUCAGGUACGUCGUCUCUGUCAGGAGAACCAGUGGUUGAGGGACGAGCUGGCUGGUGCUCAGCAGCGGCUGCAGGACAGGGAGCAGGAGUUGGUCACACUGGAGGAGCAGAACAAACACCUGCAGUUCAUGUCCUCCAUACGCAAAUACGACCUGGAGGAGCCGCAGCUGGACGACAAAGACACGUCUUCCACCAAAGAGUCUCUGGAUGACCUCUUUCCUGCUGAAGACGAGGAACAGUCACAGAUGUCCCAGCCUCAUCACAGUAGUGCAGCGGCCGCAGCCCAGCAGGGCGGCUACGAGAUUCCUGCCCGCCUUCGAACGCUUCACAACCUGGUAAUCCAGUACGCGUCGCAGGGACGAUACGAGGUCGCUGUACCACUUUGCAAGCAGGCUUUGGAAGACCUGGAGAAGUCCUCUGGCCACACCCACCCAGAUGUAGCCACCAUGCUGAACAUCCUAGCGCUGGUGUACAGAGACCAGAACAAAUACAAAGAAGCAGCCAACCUGCUGAACGAUGCUCUGGCAAUCCGGGAGAAAACUCUUGGAAUUGACCAUCCGGCUGUGGCAGCAACACUCAACAACCUGGCAGUGCUUUAUGGGAAAAGAGGAAAAUACAAGGAAGCAGAGCCGCUGUGUAAAAGAGCUCUGGAAAUCAGAGAGAAAGUUCUCGGUACAGACCAUCCUGAUGUGGCCAAGCAGCUGAACAACCUGGCACUGCUGUGUCAGAACCAGGGGAAGUAUCAGGAGGUGGAGCAGUACUAUGAACGUGCUCUGCACAUCUACCAGAGCAAACUGGGACCAGAUGAUGCCAACGUGGCCAAGACCAAAAACAACCUGGCGUCAUGCUAUCUUAAACAGGGGAAAUACAGGCAAGCUGAAGCUCUUUACAAAGAGAUCCUGACCAGAGCACAUGAAAAAGAGUUUGGAUCUGUAGAAGGCGAUGGUCGUCCCAGUUGGUCUGGUGCUGAGGACAGCGGCUCCGGCCAGGAUGGACUCAGUAACCUGAAGCGCAGCGGCUCCUUCACCAAACUCAGAGAGUCGAUACGCCGAAGCAGUGAGAAACUGGUCCGCAAGCUGAAAGGAGUUGGAAUGGAGGAAACAACCCCGAGGAAUGCUGGAAUGAAGAGGGCAAACUCUUUAAAUAUGUUGAAUGUUGGAGCCAGAGAGAGUCAGGACAGCACCCAGUCAAGCCGUCUGACAGAUAUUCGAGGUCUAAGCGCCAGCACACAGAACCUGACAAGACGAAGUUCACUUGGUGGGACCAGCUAACACACACACACCUUCUACAUACAACACCUGAACAUAACUGGAAGGAUGUUCACACGCUGACCAUUGUGAGUAAUAAUCACUCUGUUCGGCCAUAUCGGAUGUCCUACUG